AUGGGGAACCGACAUCCGAAGUCGUCACGAUCGGAUGAGGACAAGAAGCCUCAGGUCAGUGUCGAAGAACACGUGAAUUUGGAGACGGCUGACGAAGAGAUACGACGUUUGGUCAAAAUGCGCUUCCAGAAACAGGAUUGGGCCAUGGGCCGGGGUGUGGUCGAGGAGGAGAUGCUGGUCACGGCUUUUGAGCUGGUAGGUCGGGGUUAGUUUAAUAUAAUUGGUGUGUAUAUGUGGAUAUAGGAGUAGAUUCAUUAAGGAAACGGUAUAAAAAUCCACAGACUUCUAAUCGUUUGAAAUUUUAAAAUUUUUGGAUGUUUUCAAGUUGCGAAGUGUCAAAAAAUCGUCGGGAAAAUAUACUUUUUCGUGCUUUUUUGACUGUAAAGCAAUAUUGCCAUCUUCUUUGAUGAGAGUUACGACUUAUUACGUCUCUAACACAAAUCAAGUUGACAUAACUGUUAUAUUCUUUUUGAUUUUCACUUAUUUUUUAUUUUUUUUUAUAAAAAUCUGACAAAAAAGUCGUUUUUUGUGAAUAUACCUACUUUAAACACAAAUUCUUAAUGGAUAUACCCAAUGGCAAUGUUUGAAAACUUGAUUUAAAAGUUAGAGGACAUUCUACUUUUAUUUUUACAUCUAGCUAUUAUAGCUAUUUCAAAGUUUUUUCAGACUUUUUGGCUCUAUAUUGUUUUAGAUUCAUGUGAAAAAGUUGGUGGAUAUUUUUUUGAUAAUUAGGGAUGAUAUAACUGUAAAAAUGGAUUUUUAUGUUAGAAGAUGACUUAUUUUUUUAUUCAGUUUGAACAUUGUGGUAAUAUUGAGUUUUGUUUAGACUUUUGGCUGAUAUUGUUUUAGGUACCUCUGAAGGUGUAAGUUGGGGAUUUUUUAAUUUUUGGCUUGGUCAAGAAUUUAAAUUGUUGGGAAAUGAAUUUAAAAGCAAGUUGAAAGCCUAUUCUAACUUGUUAUACUAUUUUUCAUUAGUUUUCGUUCAAAAUUUAGCUUAAAAUUGAAAAUCCCUAAGCCGCUUCUUCUGAUGUACCUAAAACAAUAUCGGACGAAAUGGCAAAAUAACUGAAGACAUAAUUAUAAUAAAUAGACUUGUUAGUAAGAGUAGGUUAUGUUACAUUAAUAAAAGUUUAACAUUUUGCAUUUGAACCUAUUUACUACGCAUACUUACCUCAAAAGCCAUAUUCAUAUUAUGUAUAAUCAUUAUAACAAAAGUAAUUUCAGAAAACCCUAAAAUCCAGUCAUGUGAUUCACGAUUUUGACCGGGCUGUGGUCAUCAAGUCCGUCCCAACCAAAGAAUCUUUACAUCACAGUCGAAGCGUCAGCAAUAUUAUGUUAUGUAUAACAUACGGUUUAUCUUCACAUAAUCUGUUGGAUUUUCCGUAUUUUUGCUACAAACAUGGUGGAAGUAAGUUUUUUUGUUAUUUUAGUUUUGUCUUUAGGUAUAAAGACAGAGAAGGCUAAAAUUUUGGGUUUGGAGACAUGUUAUACGACCAAACAUAUCCACUAUAUACGUCUUUAGUCGUAUAACUUGUCUCUAUUACUUCUUAUUCAUAUUUUCAGUCACCUUCUUUAUCCCUUACAUAAUUGUGUUGAUUUUCUUUGCUAUCCCAAUGUUGUUCAUCGAGAUUGGACUAGGUCAGUUCUAUCAAAAACCUGCGACACACAUCUUUGCGGCAAUGAACUUCAGCUACACUGGUAAGUCAUGGCAUUUUAUGUUUACAACCAUAAAAAUUGUCAAUUUACAGGCGUUGGACUAGCCAUUGUGCUUGUCAGUUUUCUGAAAUUGUUUUGGAAUCUGAAGGUAGUGUCAAUAUCAAUGUUUAUGGCAAUGCGUGGGAUUGAGAGCUGGUUUCAGGAGAAAAAUGUGUGGAAUGAAUGUAUCCAGGUGUCUACCUCGAAUUGUUAUGACUUUUUGUAAGUUAUUAAUGGCAUUUUAAAGUAUUUUAAACAGUUUUUAUUAAUUAGGUUUGGGAGAAUAUAUCUAAAAAAUAUGUUUCAUCAUAUAACAUGGUUUGUGCAGACUGCAGGAUUUAAAAAAUUGCUUUUAAUGACUAAAAAUGUUAUACUAAGGUUUAUCAUAGUAAAAAUUAGGUUAGUACGCAUUUCGUAACUUGUUUUAUAUGGUAAAAUACGUAAAAUUUACCGAUUUUGUAGUAGGUGACGAUUACCGUUGUAUUUAGGCUCCAAGAACGCUGCUACGCCUUAAAAUACAAUGAAUUCGAUGAACAACAGCUAGAUCCAGCAACAGAAGAAAAGUGCAAGUAUUUCUACAAGUACGUGACUAGAGCCAACUUCUCUGGAGCACAUGGUAUGAGCCCUAUCAUCAUGAACUACCUCAAUACCUACGCCUGGGCCGUACCACCCAAGAUUGACGACUUGGUGGUGGAAUAUGGCGAGCCUCUGUACAUUAUGUCAGCAGCAUUUGCAGUCAGUGUCAUUUUCAUGGUGGUGGGCGUUAGACGGGUGGCGGUUAUACCUCUGGGCAUGCUUAAAGUGGCAUCAAUCGCUUCGGUUAUAUGGAUUUAUAUUUUUUGUAAGUUUUUUUGGAUUUUUUUGUUGAUUUAGGCUUGAACUAGCUUUUUUAGAAUUUAGGAAAAAAUUUUUUGUGAAAAGAUAACAUUAUAAAACGUCGAAAAAAGUUUUGUCAUUUUUUACUUAAGCUUUGUGUGUUGAAAAACGACAAAACUUUUUUAAAAUUUUUUGGUGAUUUAGGCUUGGAAUAGCUCUAGUUUAGCCUAGAAGAAGACUUUUGGUUUUUAAGUUAGCAUUGUAGAGCCUUAAAAAGUAUUGUCGUUUUUUAUUUAAGCUUUUUGUGUUAAAAAACGACAUAACUUUUUUUUGUGGGUUUUAAUGGCUAUAGUGGAAAGAAUGGAUUUACAGUUGCAAAUUUACAGUUUUAGGGCCGUAUUUUGGAGUGGGCGAUGUAAAAUUAUUUUCCAUUUCUUGAUUUAGCAGGGGGACCAAGUUCAAUUUUUUCGAAAAAAUUUUUCUUGUGUAAAUGACGGGAAAUGUUUUUUAUUGCCCUACUCUUACUGUAUAUGUUCAACAGUACUGUACUAUACUCAAUUUUUUAUAUUUUUUCGAUUUUAGUAGCCAGAGCUCCGUUAACUGAAGCAGGCAAGGAAUUGUUCUACACCCUCGCUCCGGUACACUUACUCGACGGUCAAACCUGGGCCGAUGCUGUUCAAAUGGCUAUUGUGACAUUGUCGUAAGAAAUUGUUGAAAUUUUGGUUUGAACCUUGAAUAAAAAUGGCAUUUUUAGGCUGAUUUAUGGUGAAAAAUGAUCGUUUUUGGUUGGUUUUGGAUGAAGAGUGGCAUUUUUGGGUUGAUUUUGAAUAAAAAAUGGCAUUUUUGUUUGAUCUGUGAAGGAAAAAUGACUUUUUUUUGGUCGAAGUUGACAAAAAAAUUGAAUAUUAAGUUAGGUCUACGCAUAUCUUUAUAGAAUGUGCGACGGCAGCUUGCAUGCAAUCGGCCGAAUCACCAGUUUCAAUCAUCGCUACUGGACUAGCGUGGCUGUCUUACUAAUUGUUAAUGUUGCCUUGGCCUAUUUUUGCUCGUUGACUUUGAUCUGUGCUGUCUCGAUAUUGACUGGUAUGCUUAUAAUCUGGUUUUAAAAUUUUUUAUUUUGUGAAGAAAAAAAUUUUUUGAAACAUUGAUUUUUUUUUGAAAUUUUGAACUUUUUUAAACAUUUUUUAACUUUUUCAGAACAACUCUUCCACCAAGCCAACGGCGGCAACAUUGAAGGCCGAAUCCACGAAUACAUGGUUCACGGCUCCAUCGUAACAUGGUCAGCGGUACCAGAAGCUAUAAACUCGUUCGGACUGUCAGGACCAUAUCAUUUGGUACCAAUUUACUACCUCUGUAUAUGCUUCAUGUCAUUCCCGGGUUUGGUAAGCGAUUUAAAGAGAUUUUAAGCCGUUAAGCGACGUCGCCUCAUUGGCUCAGGGGCAGAGCGUCUGUCUAGUAAACAGAAGGUCGCUGGUUCGAUUCCAGCAUGAGGCAGUCGGCUUUUUUGGACUUUUUUGAGAGUGAGGGUGGAUGAAAAGAUGGUUUUAGGUUUUUGAAAUGAUAAGGAGAUGAUAACAGUCUUGAAAAAUUUUAGCGUCAGUUAUAAAAUGGCAUUGAAAAUUGAGUUUUUGAAGUUUUUGGUUGAAAAAAUCCGUUUUUGCUCUGAUUUUUGGACUUUUUUGAGGAAAAUCGCUGAUAAAAAGAUGAUUAUAGGGUUUCAAAAUGAUUCUAACGUAUCUAAAAUUAAAAAAAUUUUUUUUGGGUUUUUUAAAAAUGGCAAACAACCUGAUUUUAGGUCAUCAACAUGGCCAAAAUGUACCAAGCUGUGAAAGAAAGUGCCAUUUCGGUGUACAUCAUGGACAAUGGUGAAUUCAUGUUCAUUAAAAGACUUGCCCUGCUCUUUAUGAUGAUCAUCUUCCUACUGCCGAGCGUAUUCCUACUGGCACAGUCGUGGAGUGUGGUAUUGGCGCGACUGUUGAGCAUCUACUCGAUCAAUGUCUCAUUCAUGAUUGGCGUGGCAGAACUGGGGAUUAUAGCUUACUUGUACGAUGGAACCAAGUUUUAUAUGUAAGAAUGAUAUUGAUAUGGGUAUAGGAAGCUAGGUUUUGAUUUUUGAAAAUUUUUGUUCGGUUACCGUAGGCUUAGGGUAGUAGAAGGUUGUUCAAAAAAUGUUGAGAUAUGUAUCUGUGAUAACUUGCUUUGAGAGUAGCUCAGAAGUUUUUGAACAACUAAAAAUUUUUUUGCUCGGUUAAAGUAGCCAUAGCCUUGUAGAAGUUUUUUCAAAAAAUUUUGAGCUACGUAUCUUUGAAAAUUUGCUUUGAGAGUAGCUUUGAACAACCUACAGAAUGAUCUGAACAACCUAGUAAAACCUAGUAGCUAAGGCUCAUGUAAGUACAUCAUCGAUUACAGUGACAUCUUCACCAUGCACACGAAACUCCCAUUCAUUACGGCAAUCAUCUUCCUCAUACUGGUCGUAAUAUCACCAUUUGUUGCCUUCUCAGGCCUAUGUUAUCACAUGCUACUAAAUCGAGUAAUGAGGAUUGUGGACUAUGUUGUACCAGUGGAGUUGCACCUGACCACAUCAACGACAAUGGUCAUUGCCUUCUUGUAAGUUUAGGGAAUUUGGGUUCAGAAGGCUUUGGAGAUCGUGUUAAAUCAGAUCUUUGGACUAAUGACAUUCUUUUUUAGGAUCAUGAUUGCAUUCCCAUUCAGAAACAUGGUCAAUAGCCUGUACCACGGCUACAGUUUGAGGAAUAUUUGGCAAAUUCAAGCGACUUGGGUACCACUACGAAAAGCCGAUGGCGAGGUCGCCAGAGGCAAUCGAUUAGCGUUCAGAAGACAGAACCAUUACAGCAAAUGUGCUGUGGCCAAGACGGAUGUGAGGAACUUGACCAAACAGUAG